GUUUUGUCUCGUACCGGAGCCUCCGUGCAGCAAUUUCCACACGCCGAAGUCAUGUCCAGCCUCCCCUCUCUAGCCGACGUCCAGUUCGAUCACGAUGGUAGAACCCUCUGGCCUAACAUACUCAGCGCGGAACAAGCAGCUCUGGAAGCAGCUCCGACAAAAUCUAGCGCAAAGUACAACAACUCGCUCAUUGGUAUCCGUUUUCUGGGAUUCUUGUUGCAGGAUCUUUGGCAACAUAACCAGCACUCCUUUGGUCUCACUCCGUAUCAAAGACUCAUCAAAGAGAUUGCAUCAUGCCUGUCAAUCUCCGGUCAGAUCCCUGCUAGCGAGGAAGAGGCUGAAGCGCAGCAUGGGCAGCUUCAGAACCUGGGAUUGUUCUACCGUAAUCACCUCAUCCGCAUUUUUCGUUCGAAUGGAGACCCGAUACCCCAAAGCUCGGAUCCUCCUUCCCGUCCAUCCAUGGACGUACUUCGAGAUAGGAUAACCAAAAAGAUGAAGACCCCAACAACGCCACGUAGCGCGCGUCAGAGUGCACUCAUGCGGGAUGGAUACCGCUGUAUGCUGACCGGCCAAUACGAUAUCCAUUCCGCUGAUGUUUACCCUGAGUUAAAUGAUCGUGCGGUCGCUGACGGUGUGAGCAUGGCGGUUACGCAAUGUGCCCACAUCUUUUCCGAGACCGCGCAGGAUGAUAAGCGGAAGGCGGAUUUGAGUGCUUUCAUCGCGAUUGCAAUUCUGAGAAUGUUUGGGCUUCAACACGAGGCCGAGAACCUUGUGGGCAGCAACGUUCAUCGACAUUUCAACAUUCUCACCAUGCGGAGCGAUCUACACAAUCUUUUCGACCGCUUGGACUUUUGGUUGGAAGAAGUUGCAGGGGAGGCGAGCGAUAAUCAGUCCAUUUCAAUCCAGAUGACUGACGUAUCCGCAUCAGGAAGACACUUACAAUAUUGUUUCUAUCAAAGGCAAGGCAUUGAAAAUGGGCCUACCUCUUCCCUCGUGCGUCACCUUCCGGAUCGAUCCCGACGUGGUAGCAAGCUGCAAGAGGAAUCAAACCAAUCCCCUGCGCUGCCUUCACCCUCUCUCCUCGCCAUACGCGCUGCCUGUUCGCGUGUUGCGCACCUGUCGGGGGCCGCUGAGCAAGUCGACCAGAUUCUCCGUGAUCUAGAGGAUAGGCCUGUGAUGGCAGAGGACGGCGGCAGUGCUCAUCUUCUCGAGUCGCGCCUGCUGCAGUUGUCGCGUGCUGUUUCUAUUGAGGCCUAG